UGGCGGCGCGGUGGGUGUGGAUGUAUUCGUCAUCUCCCCUGGUGAGCCGGGGGCAGCAGGGGUGAGGAUGGCCCGUCUGUUGUUCGACGAAAUGCCGCAGCGCAGCGAGGCAUGACACGGCUGAGGCUUAAGGAUACGCGCCCAUCAUCCUGGUGGUGUACAUCAAGCUACGGCGGCGAUGGGCGUGCGGGGAGAAAGCGGCUGUGUGCGCUCGUGCAAGCGCCAAUGUGAGUGGGGUGUGGAUUGAUCGCGUGCAAGAUCACCUGUAUGAAUGAGGAGCAGAAAUCAUCCUAGCGACUUCCCAGCUCUAAUGAUUGCUUUGAGGAGAUUUGUCUCUGCAUAAUGACACCCAGACUGCACUGAAUCUUCGACACAGGAGGUAGCAGCAGCAGCUCAGGCAAGUGGGCAGCAUCAGAGAAAAAAAGGAAGUAGCUAAACCUAAUUAGGAGCAAAGCAGAGAGACCAUGGAGGGAAGGAGGCACCAAUGGUGGUGGCGUGGUGGAGAGGAUGCAGUUAGUUAGCUGUUAAAACCGAGAGCGCCAAAGGGAUGGAUGGAGGUAGGCGUCAGCCAUCAGGCUGCUGGCAGCGUCAACACCAUCAUCGCCGAAGCCCACGGUUGGCGCUGGCCGCUUACCUCACUUUACACCUACCUUGAAGGUUUUUAUCAGGCAGCAGGCUCCACGGUUGCUGCCUGUGUGUCCUGUGCGCUGUGGCUGUGCCUUCGUAAAUAAAACUGGUAAUCCAGUGCCAGUGAUGAGGCCAUGACCUGUGCAAGCAGGAGGAGGAAGAGGAGGCCUACCAGCCUAACCUUUUUCCCACCAACUCAGCCUCUAGAAGACCUCCCCAAUCGAGUCAAGUGCCUAUAAAAAUCCACCCACCCAUUGCUGCGCAGCAGCAGCAGCAGCAGCAGCAACAACAACUUCCACUGAAACAACCCACCGAGACAGGGAGAGCAGCAGAAGGAAGGAAAGAAUCAAGAAAGCUUGUUCAGUAGCUCGUCGUCGUCGUCAUGGGGAGGUCGCCGUGCUGCGAGAAGGCACACACCAACAAGGGAGCGUGGACCAAGGAGGAAGACGAUCGGCUCAUUGCCUACAUCAAGGCGCACGGCGAGGGUUGCUGGCGGUCGCUGCCCAAGGCCGCCGGCCUCCUCCGCUGCGGCAAGAGCUGCCGGCUCCGGUGGAUCAACUACCUCCGGCCUGACCUCAAGCGUGGCAACUUCACCGAGGAGGAGGACGAGCUGAUCAUCAAGCUCCACAGCCUCCUGGGCAACAAAUGGUCGCUGAUAGCCGGGAGGUUGCCUGGGAGGACGGACAACGAGAUCAAGAACUACUGGAACACGCACAUCAGAAGGAAGCUGCUGAGCCGGGGGAUCGACCCGGUGACACACCGGCCGAUCAACGACAACGCGUCCAACAUAACCAUAUCGUUCGAGGCGGCGGCCGCGGCGGCGGUGGCGGCGGCGGCGAGGGACGACAAGGCCGCCGUGUUCCGGCGAGAGGAUCAGCCGAAGGUGACACAGGAGCAGGCGGCCGAUUGGGGCCAGGGGAAGCCGCUCAAGUGCCCUGACCUCAACCUGGAUCUCUGCAUCAGCCUCCCGUCGUUGCAAGAGGAGACCAUGAUGAAGCCGGUGAAGAGGGAGGCCGGCGUCUGCUUCAGCUGCAGCCUGGGGCUCCCCAAGAGCACAGACUGCAAGUGCAGCAGCUUCCUGGGACUCAGGACCGCCAUGCUCGACUUCAGAAGCUUGGAAAUGAAAUGAAACAUCCUCCAGAAUCCUCUCUAAUUUUCUUUGUUUUGUCAGCUCUCUAGGUGAAAACACUGGGUGAAAGAGAGAUAAGAUGGAAGUGCUUGUGCUUGCCCCUGUCUGUCUUGCCCAAAGAUCUCUGCUCUCUCUCUUGCUGCUGCUCCAUUUUGUCUCUGCUGUAAUUACUAUGUUGACUAAUCAUGACAAAUAAUACUUGAUGCUACUACUCAA